GGGGCAGCGGGUCCCCGUGGAACCGGCCGGGCUCCGGGGACAGGGAGUUUCGGGGCUGGGACCCGCUCCCCGGGCCUGGCAGCGCCGCUGGCCUUGGCUCGCUCCGAUUCUUGUUCUCGGGCGCGGAGAGCGCUUGGGCCCGGCCGGAGCGGCAGGAUGGGCGGCUGGAGUGGACCCGCGACUCUCCGGCGGCGUGUCCCGGGGGAGGGCGGGGACCCCAGCAGUCCCCGGGCUCACGUGCUGCCCCGGGGGCUCGGCGGACAGGAGCGGGCGGUUCUGGUCAGCUCCACGGCUCGCUGCUGUCCCGGGCCUGUCCGUGCGCUUCAGCUGUGGGUGUUCCGCAGUCAGGAGCACUGCAGAGCCACGGUGUUGUUUUGCUUGGUUUAAAAAAAUGGAAAUUACCACUCCUCCAACAUCCAAAUGUAUCAUGUACUGGAAGAGGAAAGUCAAGUCCGAGUACAUGCGUCUGCGGCAGCUCAAGAGGUUCCAGGCAAACAUGGGAGCAAAGGCUCUCUUUGUGGCCAACUUUGCGAAGGUUCAUGAAAAGACUCAAAUCCUUAAUGAAGACUGGAAGAAGCUUCGAGUGCAACCAGUGCAGCUGAUGAAGCCAGUCAGUGGGCACCCGUUCCUAAAACAGUGCACUGUUGAGAGCAUUUUCCCAGGAUUUUCAAGCCAGACACUGUACAUGAGGACCCUGAACACAGUGGCACUGGUGCCCAUUAUGUACUCCUGGUCCCCUCUUCAGCAGAAUUUCAUGGUGGAGGAUGAAACAGUUCUGUGCAAUAUCCCUUACAUGGGUGACGAGGUAAAGGAGGAAGAUGAAACUUUCAUUGAAGAACUCAUUAAUAACUAUGAUGGGAAAGUUCACGGAGAGGAAGAAAUUAUCUCGGGGUCAGUCCUCAUCAGUGAUGCUGUGUUCCUGGAGCUAGUGAAUGCUCUGAAUCAGUACUCCGAUGAGGAAGAGGAAGGACACAAUGAUUCUGAGGUGAAGCAGGAGGAUGGAAAAGAGGAGCUGCCAGUGACAAGGAAAAGAAAGCGUGGAGUGGAAGGUAACAAGAAGUGUUCCAAGAAGAGGUUCCCCAAUGACAUGAUAUUCACUGCUAUUUCUUCCAUGUUUCCUGAGUAUGGCUUCCCAGAGGAUAUGAAAGAAAGGUACCGGGAGCUGACGGAGGUGUCAGACCCCAACGUGCUGCCACCGCAGUGCACUCCCAACAUCGACGGGCCGUGUGCCAAGUCAGUGCAGCGGGAGCAGUCCCUGCACUCCUUCCACACCCUCUUCUGCCGCCGCUGCUUCAAAUACGACUGCUUCCUGCAUCCUUUUCAUGCUACUCCUAAUGUGUACAAACGAAAGAAUAGAGAGACCAAGAUUGAGCCAGAUCCUUGCGGCGCAGACUGUUUCCUCUGGCUGGAAGGAGCCAAGGAGUUUGCUGCACUGCACAACCCCCGAUCCAAGUGCUCAGGCCGUCGCCGCCGGCGGCACCACGUGGUGGCCGCGUCCUGCUCCAACACCCCGGCUGUCACUGAGACCAGGGAGGGCGACAGCGACCGGGACACAGGCAACGAGUGGGCCUCCAGCUCCUCGGAGGCCAACUCCCGCUGCCAAACCCCCACUAAGCAGAAGCUGAGCCCAGCCUCCUCCCAGCUGUUUGCAGUGGAGGCACCGCAGGAGCCAGUGGAGUGGACGGGAGCUGAGGAGUCACUCUUCCGUGUCUUCCAUGGGACCUACUUCAACAACUUCUGCUCAAUUGCCAGGCUGCUGGGGACAAAGACCUGCAAGCAGGUCUUUCAGUUUGCAGUGAAGGAAUCGCUUAUAACGAAACUGCCAACAAAUGAGUUAAUGAAUCCAUCCCAGAAGAAGAAAAGGAAGCACAGGCUGUGGGCUGCUCAUUGCAGGAAGAUCCAGCUGAAGAAAGAUAAUUCACCGACCCAGGUGUACAACUACCAGCCCUGUGACCACCCUGAGCAUCCCUGUGACAGCUCCUGCCCUUGCAUCAUGACUCAGAAUUUCUGUGAGAAGUUCUGCCAGUGCAACCCUGACUGUCAGAACCGCUUCCCAGGCUGCCGCUGUAAGACCCAGUGCAACACCAAGCAGUGCCCCUGCUACCUGGCUGUGCGGGAGUGUGACCCAGACCUCUGCCUCACCUGCGGCGCUUCCGAGCACUGGGACUGCAAGGUGGUCUCCUGCAAGAACUGCAGCAUCCAGAGAGGCCUCAAAAAGCAUUUGUUGCUGGCCCCAUCAGACGUGGCUGGCUGGGGGACUUUCAUCAAGGAGGCUGUGCAGAAGAACGAGUUCAUCUCCGAGUACUGUGGGGAGCUCAUUUCACAGGAUGAGGCUGACAGGCGAGGAAAGGUCUACGACAAGUACAUGUCCAGCUUCCUCUUCAACCUCAACAAUGAUUUUGUUGUUGACGCUACUCGCAAAGGAAAUAAAAUUCGCUUUGCCAACCACUCAGUGAACCCCAACUGCUAUGCGAAAGUUGUGAUGGUGAACGGAGACCACCGCAUUGGUAUCUUCGCCAAGAGAGCCAUCCAGGCAGGAGAGGAGCUCUUCUUUGACUACAGGUACAGCCAGGCAGAUGCCCUGAAGUAUGUCGGCAUAGAAAGGGAGACGGACAUCAUCUAAGCUCCAGGGUGGUUCUGGCACACCUUGCUGCUGCACCUUGUAAGCAAUGCCAUGUUUGCUUCACGCUGACAUGACUGCUGCUGUUCCUGCUGCUGUGUGUGUCACAAGUGCUACUUUCCAUCCAGACACCAGAGAGACUUGGGGUGGGAGUGUAAGCAGCCCCUGGGCCAUGGUUGUCCCAGGGUGGCAUCCCCUCUGCCCCAGCUGGCUGGGAAAUGGGGACUGCCAUGGGGACUGUGGCUGGAGUGGCACCAAGGGAUGCCUGGGGAUGAGAGAGCAGCACUAUGCAACAUGAUACUUUGAGUAGGGGUGCCACUGAGCAAUGUAGAGGACAAUGUUACAGUCACUGCCUGUUAUGACCCAGGGGAGGCUUCUCAGAAACAUUCCUUGGGCUUUGUGACCCCCUGGCCUUGGGAAUAAAGGGGAAAUAUUCUUUGGCAGGAUGAGGUUUAGCCUUGGUACCCCAUGCAAAAAGGAAAGAAAAAAGCACUUUAAUCCUCAGCUGGUAGCUGGGCCCUGUAUUUUGGGGUGGAAGGACUGCAGGCAUCCCAGGUGUCUUGCAUCCAUCAGCAGCUUUGCAGGGAUAUCGCUCCAGGCCUGGGACAGGGCAGGCUGGAUGGGGCCUGGGGUGACCUGGAGUUUGGGGCUGUCCCCUGAGAGCCACAUAUGCCACCAGCCUCUUGCCUGGCCUGGUGCUGGGUGCUGGGCUGUGCUCCCAAUGUCCAGGGCUGCGUUCCCAGGAUGACAUGGGGAGCCUGGCUGAGCCCUGACCUGGCUCCAGGGCCCCAGCCCGCUCCCAGCUGUUUAGUCCAGGAACACACAGAGCUGCUGGGUUUGUCUGGGAGCCAGGCCCUCCCUGGCCCAGCCCUCACCAUGCUUUCUAAGUCCCCUGCCAUGGCAGGCCAGGCUGUUUAUCUGUCCUUCCAGUUUUCUGUGAUGGCCCCCUGGAGCUUGGAGGUGUUUACGUCUGUCUGGAGCAGUGCUUGUAUCCCAGCACCUGCCUGAGCCUUGCUCCCUGCCACCUCCAUCUGCUCAGCUCCUGCCAGCCCUGCUCUUUCCUAAGCGUCUUCUGCCACUUCGGCCAUAUCUGCACUAUGCCAGGCUUGUGUCUGUGGUUGUUGACGGUAAAUAAUGGUAAUAAUAAUGCACUUUAAAUAACAUGGCUUGUAGCCUUUGCCAUAAUAAAGUGGUAGCAAACACCCUCCCCUGCUUGCUGGCCUCUAUCCCCAGACUGUCCCCAGCUCAGCUGUCCCUGACGUGGCUCCCAGGGUCCAGGGGGAAUCAUGAGUGACCCGGUGCUACGCUGCCUGAAUCACACUGGCUCAGGGGCAGAGGUGUGUGGUGGGGAGAGCAGGACAUGAUGUGUUUGUGCAGCAGCAGCUGAGCUGCCUCUAGCCCUGGCUCACUGCAUCUUGCUCCAGGACCAGGAAUUGCUCUUGUCAAUGUGGUGCCUCCCUUGGUGCAGGGUGGGAGGAGAGGAUCUGAUCCUCCUGAUCCAGCUGCCAAGGUGAAGGCCGGGGAGUGUCAAACACCAUAAUUCUGCCUUUAUUUGAUUAUCUUCACAUCUCAUUCAAAAGAACAGACUUUUUAAAAAUAAAGUGCCCAGUGGAGCCAGGCCUUUGGGUAGAUAAAUGCAUAUCUGUAACAUUGUCUUACCACAACACAGCAAGUGAACAGGAGCUUUCCCUGGGCUGAAGGUAAUCAGCAGGACUGGCACUUCAUACAGAGAAGUAGCAAACUACAGACCACGUACCACAACGUGCGGAACGUCACGCCCGCAGGAGCUUCCGUUUGGUUUUUUAUACAAACCGAUAGAAUUAAAAAACCAGAGUGUAGUAGAAUAUCCAGCAACAAAAAUGGUAGAAAGGAUCUGUACCUGAUCUUAUGAAAGCAGCAUCUCAGCAAGGUGCAGUGGCGGCAUGCGCGGUGCCGGUGGGGAAUAUUGCUUGGCAGCCCGGCUGUGCGGGGCCGGUGCUCGUGGCUCUGCGUGGCGCUGGCGAAGCGAGCAAAGCAGUGGGUCAUCUACGCAGGCAGCGCUAACGGACGGCAGC